GUUUGACGGAAUCCGUCACGUAAUUUCACACCGUCAACACCAGCCAAACUGGAACGUCGUUUCCUGCUGCACAAAUCCUAAACAUGGGUUCCGACGACGACGACGACUUCCCUCUGAUCGACUCCACCUCUUCCUCCCACCCACACCACCACGCGCAUACGCGCCAAACCCCAACCGACCAAACCUCCAUCAACGGCAGCGACAUCGACCGCCACGACGGCGACUGCUACCCCCACCACCAAGCCCCCUUCGAAGUCGAAGACGAAGACGAAUCUGACCUGAAUAAAUCCGUACCAGGAGCCCAGGUCCCCGCUAAACGAACCACGCCUUACUACCACAAGAAACUCAGAUCUGAUCCCGUCGCCAGCAACAAGAACGAAUCCGAGUCCGAAAACGGAUCGUACCGGAAGGACCGGGAGGAAUGGUCGGACACAGCGAUCGCGUGUCUUCUCGACGCGUUCACAGAGAAAUACAACCAGCUGAACCGAGGGAAUCUCCGGGAGGACUGGGAGGAGGUGGCGGAGAACGUGAGCGAUCGAUGCGGUGGGGAGAGGACGAGUGGAACGUACAAGAGCGAUGAGCAGUGCAAGAACAAGAUCGACAAUCUCAAGAAGAGGUACAAGGUGGAGCAGCAGAGGAUCAGAGCUGCUGGCGGCACGGGUACGGGGACCAGCCACUGGCCCUGGUUCAAGAAGAUCGAGGCCAUCGCUGGUAACUCCUCGCUCGCAAAAUCCGGUUCCGACGAGGACCGAGCCAGUUUGCCCACGCCUCGCCCAUCUAAGAGAUAUAUGCCGAGCAAUGCUUCAUUGGUCAACAACAUCAAAUCCAAACCGAUAUCAAAUCUAAAAUGGCGUAGAAUAGUGUUUAAAAUCAGUGGUACUGCACUAGCUGGGAACUGCCAGAGCAUUGACCCCAAGGUGGCAAUGCAGGUUGCUAAGGAAAUAGCGCCAGCUUCCCAUAUUAUUUUACAGGUGGCAAUUGUAGUUGGAGGUCGUAACUUUUUUUUCAGAGAUACGUGGGUAUCUGCAACUGGUUUAGAUAGACCUACAGCUUACCAAAUUGGUAUGAUGGCAACAGUUAUGAAUUCCUUACUGCUCCAAUCAGCUCUAGAGAAGCUAGGUGUUCAGACACAUGUGCAAAGUGCAUUUGCUAUGCCGGAUGUUGCGGAACCAUAUAGCAGGCAGCGAGCCAUCCGGCAUCUUGAGAAAGGAAGAGUUGUCAUAUUUGGUGGUGUUGGUGCUGGCACUGGAAAUCCACUUUUUACCACUGAUACAGCCGCAGCUCUGAGAGCUUCUGAGAUUAAUGCAGAUGCAGUUCUUAAAGGGACCAGUGUGAAUGGUGUUUAUGACUGCCAUUCUGGUAACAACAUUACACUUGAUCACGUUUCCUACGGGUACGUUAUUUCUAGCGGCAUUACCUCUAUGGACCUGAUGGCUCUCACAUAUUGUGAGGAGAAUGGAAUUCCUGUGGUCGUCUUUAAUUUGCUGGAGCCCGGGAAUAUCUCUAGAGCAUCAUGCGGAGACCAAGUUGGCACUUUGAUUGACAAGGCAGGAAGGUUAAUUGAUAUUUUAUAAAGCCAUGUGUAAUCCGAUUAUUUUAAAUUGUAGUGUAAAUUAAUCUGUAAGUAUAUAUCUUAGUAUCAUUAGUACUAUAUAUUGUCUUCUUGGUUUUUCUCAUAAUAAAUAUUAGUUCUUUUUAAGAGAUGAAUUGGACGUUGUAGAAAACCAUAUCCUUUUGUGCUUUGCAUAGUAUUCAAGAUGCUACAUUUCUUAU